UUAUUAAAUUUAUUAUGAAUUUUGUGGUUACUUAUUCGUAAUAACGGCAAGUUUUCUUAAAUCAAAUAUAUUUUUCAUUUAAACAGUAAAUACAAUUACAAAACAAUUGCUUGCUGUUGUUGUGAAAGCUUGAUUUGUGAUUUACAGAGCAGCUGUUUUUUUAUAUCGGGUUUUCAUAGUUUAGCUGCUGUUGAAACUGAAAAGCAGGAACACAUAUGCACGAGAAAAAAUAUAAAAUAACACGUAUUUGUGUGUAAAAACUGUUUACAACAAUGGUAAAACAUUAACAACGUUAAAUAUUUAGUAAUCCCAGCAAUAUAUUGACGCUUUAAUCAUUAUUGUCAUUUUUAUAAGUCGUACAUGGGUGGGUUGAACAACCUUUUCGCAUAUGUAAGCUUUUGAAUUAAACACCAAAAAAUUUGAAAAACAGUGUUUUUCAAACACUAGCAAAAUUAUAAGGGCCAUUUAAUGUCUAUAUUUUAUUUAGCCAACAACGGGCCAGACCAUAUUCGAUUCCUAAUUCUUAUUUUUGAACCACACAGUAAUCAUUAUGGGUCUUAUCGCUACAAUAUACAACUUUAGCGAAAAAAUUAAACUUAUUUUCUCUACCUCUAUCCUUUCCGCGAACUGGUUGCUGGAACUUGUUUCCAAUCAUUAUGGUUAUUUUCUUCUCUACUCAAAACUAGCAAAUCCUAUUUUAACAGCCAUACAGUAAUAACUCUUCAAUUGAUUAACAUAAAAUAUUAUAAAUUGUUGUUUUCAAAUUUCCAAUUCAUCCCACUUAGUUUGAAAUAUAUAAGUCUAUCACUAUCACUAGUUAUAAAGACUUGACUUUACGCCUGGUAACAUUUUUCGCAACACUCCUCGUGCAUUCGAUUACUACUCGUUGCAUCGGCUUACUCGUGCAUUUUUGCUCGCCUUCGACCUGCAAGUCCAACAGGGAGACCAAUGCAUUGCUAUAUUGCCGUGUGCCAUGAUGAGUUAAAUUAUCAUUUCUUCAUACAUAUGCUUUUGUACUCUAUAUUCAUUCCAAAGUGGCGGUUGAAAAAAAUAUUCCUCCUAUACCAUUGUUGGGUGGUGAUUGUUGUUGGCAUUUGUGCAUGCUACCAUCACACAAACAAUAACAGCAGCAAAAGUUUGUCUGUCGGCGAGAUUUUUUCAUAUUUCCAUUGAUGGUUCCUGCAUUACUCCGGCAUAUAAUGUUGCCACCUCUUUCUUUCGUGUAUGUAAUUCCAGUCAACUCGCCGAAGCGUUUGUAGAGAUUGAAGCGAGACCAGACCAGCAUUGUAUUCGUCGUUUGUUUGUCUCUAGUGGCAGCUUUAACGAGUAGUCUGUUGUUGUUUUGCUUUUAAAACUUUUUUUUUCAUUUUUCUGCUGCCACUUCAAUUGUUUUGCUGUUGCUUGCUGGUUUUUUUUGUUUUUUAUAUGUUGCACUCAAAUUGCUGUUUGACCACAUUCCAUUGAAACUUUCUCACAGUCUGCUGCAAUUGCCCCCAAGUUGGUUCGGUUUGCUUGGUUAAUAAUAAUAUUGCUCAGCGACUGACUGGUUUGGCUUUGGUUUCGUAGUUGCUGUUGCUUUUCGCUCGCUUACAGCAAUUUCUCGUAGUUACAAAUGCAAUGCUAUUGGAUAUCUAUGUACAUACAUACAUAUAUAGAUGAAACCCAAUCCAAUUCACUUAUAAAUCACCAGCUCCACAAGACAUUAUGCUUCUUGCCAGGUCUUUUUACGGUAGUUUUUUCUCGUCCGCUGGCUAUCAAGAAGGGGAGUGGUAUAUUUUUUUUAAAUAAUGUUUUCUAUAGUAUUUUCCAAAUUAUUUGGCUUUGUCGGCGAAUAUUUCCAAAUUACAAUAUAAAAGUUUGCUGGAGGCACUAACAAGUUCCGUUUCUGGGAACUUGAUUACUUGAUUAAAUUAGGAGAAUAUAGAGCGCUGUAUAAGUAGUAGAACUUUAUUGAUAAAUCGGGAUAUAUGUGAUUUGUAGUUUGUAAAAAAUUACAGUUUAAAAGUCCUUGACUCGAAGGUAUUUGUCAGGUUUUAAUUAACUUCGAGCAGUUUCGAAAAUUUACGCAUACAACAUUAUUUUUAUCUACUGGAAAACAAAAUGCGUUCUUCAAAAAUAUAACUAAUUGCUUUGAAAGCUUUCGAGCUUAUAUUAUGUUUUGCAACCGUUAUUUUAUAUACAUAUGUAUAUGAUAAUUAAAAAUUCACAUUUGUAAUCGCUUCAAAGAUAAAAAUAUCGUUCUUGCAAAUCAAAUAUGUAUGUUUUUUGUCAAUAUUUCUAGACACCUGCGCCCCGAUAAGUAUGUAUUAUCUAUUUGUCUACUGCGUUGCCACAUUUCACAUCGACGCCAUUACAAUUUUUUGCGCCACACUUACUAGCUUGUAAAUGAAACUAAAAAAAACGCAUUUUCCAACGCUAUCAACACGCGAUACGAGGAGUAUUUGGCGAGAGCCAAGUGCAGUCAUUAGCUUGUGUGAUUGCAAAAAAUAUAAUUUCUCCUACACCCUUACAACCACUCCGCUUAAAGAAAGAGAGCUUAUUGCAAAAUUGCUGCUAACUGUCAUGCAACUUUUUCCCCGAACUUAAUCGUACAUUCAUCUACGCCGGGUCAUAUGCUUUCGUAGACGAUAAACUUCGUUCGGUCGGAGCCCUGACGCGCGAGCCGAGGUCGUUCAUCGCAGGGUUCAUUGAUUAUUAUGUCUACAAUACUACAAAACCCUACAUGACAUGAUGGUUGUUUAGAGAUGCGAUCUAUAUGCUUUUGCGAAUGGCAUUCACUUCGCCUGCUGCAUGCCAACCCACGCUGUUCGGUCGUCGUCCUUGUUGGUGUUGGUUCACUUCGUUUUUUGGCCGCCAUUACUGCACUGGAAAUGUCCUGCGCAGCUAGACACUGCUUAUAACCUUGUGUACGUAUGCAUGUGUGUGUGUGCGUGUGUGUUCGGAAGCCACCCAACUUGUGAUUUAUGAUUUGCCAAGAAUACACAUACAUUUUUAUAUCACUUUCCUUCCAGCGUUAGAGCAACACCUAGACGAGGGCGACGAAUUGCGAAAAUGCAUUUUCGUCGGUUAACGACUUAGCUGACUUUGGCUUUUACGGUCGUUGCUCGUUUAUGAGUAUUUUGCUCGCAUCUACGCUAAACGAGCACAAUGUUGUAUGCGUACUCCAAAACCGAGUGUUAUAUAGUACUCGUAUCAUAUUGAAUCGGCUCUGUAAAGCAUACGGUCGUCGUCUCGUUGACGUAGUAUACUCACUCGCUUGUAGCGUAGCGCCCAUAAAUGGAGAAGCUUCGAACGAAAUUUCUUGAAACUUCUGCCAUCAUCAUCAUCGUCCUUGUUUGAAUAAGUGCAUUGCAGCUGCUGAGAGCAUAUCCUGUCGUGCAGCUGGUUAGCUGGCGUUAAAGGUGUACGCUCACACAUGUUAUCUGUUUCCACCCUUAAUUAAUGUCCUUACGCUGUUGUAGUAUGUCCUGCGCAGCAUUUUUACUCGCUCGUUUGUCAGUGUUCCUUGCCAGCUAGCGCUUUGUGCUCAUCGCUUCCAGGAUUCAGUCAUCAGACAGACAUCGUCAGGACACAUCGGUCGUGCUUUGCUUUUGUGAUACACUACGUACAAUAUACAUACAUACAAGUAUAUACAAAUAUAGUGUACUUUCCUCACAAACUCUUAUUUGAACUGUGAAAAAGUGGGAUAUGGGCAUAAAAAUGGCGCCGUUGCUAUUAACUGUCUUCGUGUAAAAAACGUCUAUGGCUGAAUGAUUGCUUCGUAAAGCUGUUAGCGUAUACAUACGAAAAAGUUUUCAUCGAAGACUUACAAUCGCAAUAAUCGCAGCAUAUUAUUAUUAUUAAACCAACAAAUUUAUCGUAAAGGAAGUAAAGGACAACAGCAGCAAGAUGUCUGAAAUAAUUGCCGAGAAACCGUCAAGUUACAAUACAACUAAUACUACGGCCGCCGAAUUAGCAAGGCGCCUAAUUUUUGAGUGUGGUGGUUGGACAGCGGGUAGAAACAGCUACGACGUAACGGAUAACAAAACGAAUGAAGUGUACCUACCCCAAUGGAAGUGUGAACAAUUUAAUAUGGAUGAGAAAUAUCAGCGCGAAGACGAACGCCUGAAUUCAUUCGAAAAUUGGCCACUCGAAUGGUUGAAUAAGAGGGAGUUAGCACAAAUUGGCCUAGUCUAUACGGGCGAAGAUGAUAAAGUCAAAUGUUAUUUUUGUGAAGUCGAGAUCGGACGUUGGGAACGUGAUGAUCAACCGAUCAAUGAACAUUUACGCUUCUCACCGAAUUGCCCAUUGCUGAGACGGCGCACCACUAACAACGUGCCAAUUAGCAAUGAUACAUUGAGUCGUGUGCUACCGCCCGUUAGUUAUGAUGUAUGCGGCAAUGAAGGACACGAAUUCGAGGCAAACGAUGUGUCUGCAGAUAUUGCACCAGCACCACAGGCUGCGCUGACAACAGCAGCAUACCAAUACGAUAGUAUAGCGGCCGACAAUUUGUCCAAUCAUCAUGCGAAUGUGAAUAGCAGCAGCAGUAGCAACAGUAGAUGUGGCAAUGAAGCGCAAUUGUAUCGACCCGAGUAUCCUGAGUAUGCUAUCGAAGCGGCACGCUUACGUUCGUUUGCCGAAUGGCCACGCAACAUGAAGCAACGUCCAAAAGAAUUAGCUGAUGCCGGCUUCUUCUACACCGGCACAGGUGAUCGCGUUAAAUGUUUUAGCUGUGGCUGUGGUCUCAAGGAUUGGGAUGAUGACGAUGAACCAUGGGAACAGCAUGCGCUGUGGUUACCGAAAUGUCGAUAUUUGAAUUUACUGAAAGGACAAAGUUAUAUCGACAGCGUUGCGGCCAAAUAUAAAACGAAUAACAGUAAAUGUGCUGAUGCAGUGCCAGCGGAAAGUGAUCAAUAUUGUCCAACAACAGAAAACAUCGUCAUACAACCAGUGGUGGCGACAGCGACUUUGACGCCAACGACGUCCAAGAUUGAGGAGGCGGCGACAGCUGCUGUGAAGACCACAGCGGCGGCGGCAACAAUUGCCGAGGAGAAGCUAUGCAAGAUAUGCUAUGCCGAUGAGUAUAACACGGCGUUUUUACCCUGUGGCCAUGUGGUGGCUUGCGCCAAGUGCGCGUCUUCGGUCUCGAAGUGUCCGGUCUGCCGGAAACCCUUUACAAAUGUGAUGCGCGUAUUUUUUCCUUGAUCAUCUAUAUAAACUAUUUAUUAAUGUGUAGACUCACCCGCGUUGUAAAUAAUAUUAAUAUGCGGUAAAUCGGCCAGUUGUGGCUUGCAGCAAAAAAUAACUGUGUUCCUGCGACUGGCCGGUAAAGAAACAAAUAUUUAUGUAAUUAAUUACUUAUUCUUAAAUAUAUGCAUAAAAUAAAAAAUCAACAUAA